ACCAUCCAUCUUCCUCAUUUGCAUUGGAGAAGCACAAAUUUAAGAUUGUAGAGAUAGUAGGUUGUUGCAUAGUGUCUGUUCAUGAUAACAUGGUUUCUCUAGUUACAAAGAAAAAUAACAUGAGGGUGUUCACUUUUGGCAAAGGUAAAAGUGAUGGCAACAAGGCCAUGAAAUCCUUGUUGGGAGGAAAGGGUGCCAACUUAGCAGAAAUGGCAACAAUUGGUUUAUCAGUGCCCCCUGGACUCACCAUCUCAACAGAAGCAUGUCAAGAAUAUCAACAAAAUGAUAAAAGCUUACCAAAUGGUUUGUGGGAGGAGAUACUUGAAGCCCUGAAAUUUGUGGAGAAUGAACUUGGGGAAUCUCUUGGAAAUCCUUCAAAACCUCUCCUCCUCUCAGUGCGCUCUGGUGCUGCGAUUUCCAUGCCUGGAAUGAUGGACACAGUUCUUAAUCUUGGAUUGAAUGAUGAAGUGGUUGCUGGGUUGGCUUCAAAAGGUGGAGAGCGGUUUGCUUACGAUUCUUAUAGACGUUUCUUAGACAUGUUUGGAGAUGUUGUAAUGGACAUUCCACACUCAUUGUUUGAUGAGAAGUUAGAAAAGCAAAAGCAUUCAAAAGGCGUUCAACAUGACACUGAUCUAACAGCCGAUGAUCUCAAAGAUUUGGUCGAGCAAUACAAGAAUGUCUAUGUUGAAGCUAAGGGAGAAAAGUUUCCCUCAGAUCCAAAGAAGCAACUAGAGUUAGCUGUUAAAGCAGUUUUCAAUUCUUGGGAUAGUCCAAGGGCUAUUAAGUAUAGGAGCAUUAAUCAGAUAACUGGACUAAUGGGCACGGCCGUAAACAUUCAAUCCAUGGUGUUUGGUAAUAAGGGAGAUACCUCAGGAACUGGUGUCUUGUUCACUAGAAAUCCAAGUACUGGUGAAAAGAAACUUUAUGGAGAAUUUCUCGUUAAUGCUCAGGGAGAGGAUGUAGUUGCUGGAAUCAGAACACCUCAAGAUAUAGAGAUCAUGAAAACUUGCAUGCCAGAUGCAUAUGAGGAACUUGUGGAGAAUUGUAAGAUUCUAGAGAAUCAUUACAAGGAUAUGAUGGAUAUUGAGUUCACUGUUCAAGAAAAUAAGUUGUGGAUGUUGCAAUGUCGAGUUGGAAAACGUACUGGUAAAGGUGCAAUCAAAAUAGUCGUAGACAUGGUCCAAGAGGGGCUCGUUGAUACUCGUUCUGCAAUCAAAAUGGUAGAGCCACAACAUCUUGAUCAGCUCCUACACCCACAGUUUGAGGAUCCAUCCAAGUACAAGGACAAAGUGGCUGCUGUUGGCUUGCCUGCAUCCCCUGGCGCUGCCGUUGGGCAGGUUGUGUUCACUGCUGAUGAUGCUGAAGAAUGGCAUGCGCAAGGAAAAAGUGUCAUCUUGAUAAGGACAGAGACAAGUCCAGAAGAUAUUGGAGGCAUGCAUUCAGCUGUUGGAAUCUUGACAGCUAGAGGUGGUAUGACAUCUCAUGCUGCUGUCGUAGCUCGUGGAUGGGGAAAGUGUUGUGUGUCUGGUUGCUCCGAUAUCCAAGUAAACGAGCAUGAAAAGGUGGUCAUAAUUGGAGGUAAUAAGAUAACAGAAGGAGACUGGAUCUCGUUGAACGGAUCCACAGGUGAGGUGAUAUUGGAAAAGCAGGCACUUUCUCCACCAUCUCUAACUGAUGAUAUGGAAACUUUCAUGUCUUGGGCUGAUGAAAUAAGGAAACUGAAGGUUUUGGCAAAUGCUGACACACCUGAAGACGCAAUAAAAGCUAGACGAAAUGGUGCACAAGGGAUUGGACUUUGCAGGACAGAACACAUGUUUUUUGCUUCAGAUGAGAGGUUAAAGGCUGUAAGAAUGAUGAUCAUGGCUGUUACCCUAGAACAAAGGAAAGCUGCGCUUGAUUUGUUGUUACCUUAUCAAAGAUCAGAUUUUGAAGGAAUUUUUCGUGCAAUGGACGGUCUCCCAGUUACAAUCCGAUUGUUAGAUCCUCCACUUCAUGAAUUUCUUCCUAAAGGUGACUUGGAGCAAAUUUCCAGUGAACUAACUUCUUUGACAGACAUGAAAAAAGAAGAAAUAUCCUCUAGGAUAGAAAAACUCUCAGAAGUUAAUCCCAUGCUUGGUUUUCGCGGCUGCAGGUUGGGAAUAUCAUAUCCAGAAUUGACCGAGAUGCAGGCUCGCGCAAUUUUCCAAGCUGCUGUUUCAGCGAGUAAAGAUGGUAUUGCAGUUCAUCCUGAGAUAAUGGUUCCACUUGUCGGCACACCUCAGGAAUUAAGACAUCAAGUGAAUUUAAUAAGGAAUGUUGCUGAGAAAGUUUUCUCUGAGAUGGCCACUUCAUUAGACUAUAAGGUUGGAACUAUGAUUGAAGUUCCAAGAGCUGCACUAAUUGCAGAUGAGAUUGCAAAUGAAGCUGAGUUCUUUUCUUUUGGAACCAAUGAUCUUACUCAAAUGACAUUUGGCUACAGUAGAGACGAUGUUGGCAAAUUUCUUCCUAUAUACCUAGCUGCUGGGAUUUUGCAGCAUGAUCCAUUUGAGGUACUUGACCAGAAAGGUGUGGGACAACUCAUCAAAGUUUGCGUAGAGAAGAGCCGUGCCGCUAGACCAAGCUUAAAGAUUGGAAUAUGUGGAGAGCAUGGUGGGGAGCCUUCUUCUAUUGCAUUCUUUGCUCAACUUGGUCUUGACUAUGUCUCAUGUUCUCCUUUUAGAAUUCCAAUUGCUAGACUUGCAGCAGCUCAAUAUGCAGCGUGAGGAAUAAUUAUUUAACUGUUUCUUGUCUAUGGAACUAUUAGCUUCACCUGCAAGCAACUGUGAUUUAUUAGAAGAUAUUUAGCCAAGGGGAGUUAAUUAGGAUUAAUUAGGACUGUUUCCUUGUCUUUAUUAUCUGUUUUUAAUAUUCAGUUGAAAAUGUUUGGGACAACAAAUUUUGAUUAGUACAACAUUAGUUAAAAAGUUUUUUUUACCUAAUUUUGA